AUGCACCAUCCCCGGGAUCCUAUAGCCAACGCUAAGGCCAUGAGCUGUUUCAGGGAGAAUGGCCAUGGUGUCACAACAGUGGGUCCAGACCUCUACGUCGUCGACUUAUCGGCUUCUACUGACCAAGAGCAACAAGUAGUGAGCGAAGAUACUGCAGUUGUUCCCGAUAAGUCUCAAAGUGUUGACGAAGGCGGAGACAUAGUGCAGCGAGGCAAGCGCUCUCGCGGGGAUGGUGAUGAUGAUGCAGAACCGAUGAAGAGGCCUCGGGCAAGAAGAGGGUCAGUUUAUCCUGGCAUGGAGAGUUAUGACGCGGCCGUUUUUACAGCGUUCGAGAGCUGUGGUGUGCGAAGUGAUAAUGAUUCUGAUGGCAAGUCGAGUUCCAGUAGUGAUGAAGAUGCUAUUGAGUAA